AUGAUUCCCCCAUCACACACAGACACCCAGCAAAUAUCCACACGUAGACAAAUGUUCCCCACACAUAUACCCAGCAAGUACCCACACGUAGACAAGUGUCUCCCAUACACACAACCAGCAAUGCACGGUAAGAAGGUUCGGUUUUGCACGUACAAGGAGCAGCGCUACCUGCCCCGGUCCGUGUUUCAGGACUACGAUGAUUGCGUUAAGUGCACGUGUAAAGGGAAAGGACUCCAAUGUGCCACUAUUGGCUUUCGGGUCACAGUUCCGGAGGAUUCUGAGUGUGACAAUGUGCUGAUUGGCCGCAAGAACCGAUGGGUGCUCAAGCGUGAUAAUACUAAAAAAUGUCCAAAGAAAAAGAUCCCGCAAAACAUCUCCGCCGUUGGAAAAUAA